UCUGAUGUUUUCCUAAAUGAAUAUCUGAACAUUUUUUUCAUUUCAUUGUAUAUUGUUUCCCAAAAUUAUUUGAUGUUUAAACAGUUCCACCAUAUAUGCAUCAUAGUACCUUUUUCAGUGUUGCAACGAUGCAACUCUCUGUCAUUUUCACAGUAAGGGUUCUCUCAAGAAGUCUGUUCGUCUGUGCCAUAUCAGUAUUUUAAAUUACUUUUCUGUUGUCAUCAUCAAAGAAACAAUCUUCCUUCCUAACAUUUCAACUCAAGGACUCCGAAAAUAAGAGUGGUUUGGAUUUAUAAAAUACUUUACAGUCAGCAGAGGGAGCUCCAAGUGUUCCUUUGUAGGUCUUUCAAGACAUUUCGGGUUGUUUUUUUAGGGAUAGAUUUUUCUGCAGUUACAUUUUUAAAGUUGCCGUCUCUACUGAGGCUUAGAAAGCAAAAUUCUUGUCAUGCAGACCCAGACUCUCGGGUGCUUUGAUGCAUCCGACUAUAACAAAUGAGCUAUCCCUGAGGACCAAACUAUACGGUCGGCAACAGAACCAGCUCUCGUAGCUCUUGAUUUCUACUGAAGAGAGCUAAAGCAGUGACAGGUGAGAAGGACGUAAUCUGUAGCAGAGAAGCAGCAGACAGCUCUAUAAAAUGAAUGCAAUGAUGAUUCGGUGGCUGCUGCUGCUGCUACUCCUGAAACCCUUUUGUUCUCCUGCACCUCGGCUUCUGGAAAGGGAGGACUGCCUGGUAGAAAACGGCAAACUACAGCAGAAGCUAAAAACACUCCAAGAUUUAUCCCAGCUAUAUGCACUGCAGCUGAAAGACCUCCUGGGGAACAACUACCACAGACAAAAAAGCAAGGUUUUCUCUGCCAUGAGGACCACACAGAUGGACAUGCUUUUGCCCUCAAGGAGUGGAAGUCUCUCAGUCUAUAACCAAGAUUGUGCAAUGGUAUUUAACAGCGGAAAGACGGAGAGUGGAUACUACCGAAUUAAGCCCAGAGCAGACAGAGAACCGUUCCUUGCCUUCUGUGACAUGUCGGACGGAGGAGGGUGGACUGUGAUCCAACGGCGCAGAAACGGAAAAGAGAAUUUCUACAGAAAUUGGGAUGAUUACAAAGAAGGGUUUGGACAGUUUCAGAGCAAGGGUGAUGAGUAUUGGCUGGGUAACGAUAAAAUACAUGAUCUACUACUUGAAGGAGAAAAAUCCUUGAAAAUUGACCUGAUGGACUGGAAUGGGAAGAGACGAUAUGCAAUUUAUGAUAAUUUCCAGAUCAAGAAUGAGAGUAAUAAUUACCAGAUGGGCUUUGGCACCUUUUCUGGGACUGCUGGGGAUGCUUUGUCCGGAGGGAGCAACUUUGAGAGCCAGUGGUCUGCGUCGCUCAAUGGCAUGCCGUUCUCAGCUCCUGACAGGGACAAUGACAGGUUCCUAACAGGGAGCUGUGCAGAAGAGAACAAAUGUGGCUGGUGGUUUAACAGAUGCCAUGCAGCAAAUCUCAACGGGCAAUAUCACAGAAAUGGGAAAUAUUCUGGCCCCUUGGACAACGGAGUGGUUUGGUCAACAUGGCGGGGGCUGUGGUAUUCCCUGAAACACACAUCCAUGAAAAUCAGGCCUACGUCCUUUGUGGAUGGAGAGAGUGGAGAUGGAGAAGCCGACUAACACGCCCCAACUAUGCACCUGAGGAAAAGAAAAAUAUGACGGAUUUGAGGGGUUUAUAUAUACUGUCUUCAGCCUAAGUCAGCUUAUUCACAACAAUAACCAGGCGGAGGGCCUUCUCGGUAGUGGCACCUUCCCUGUCGAACACCUUCCCUUCAGAUGUCAAGGAAAUAAACAACUAUCUGACUUUUAGAAGACAUCUGAAGGCAGCCCUGUUUAGGGAAAAAUUUUAAUGUUUGAUGUUUUGUCGUGUUUUUACUAUUUUGCUGGGAGCUGUCCAGAGUGGCUGGGGAAACCCAGCCAGAUGGGUGGGAUAUAAAUAAUAAAAUUAUUAUUGUUGUUAUAACAAGUGACAAGAGCUGGAACUGGGCCACUUCUGCUGCUCUUCCAGCAAAUAAGCCAUGCUCGAAAGUGUGGUUUUCAUGUUACAUUUCCCCAUGUUUAGAAAUAAAUACAGACUGAGGUGGAUUGCUGAGAGAUGGGAGGUAUGGGUCAAUCUGGUCUAGGAAGGAAGGAAGGCUUCACUCCAGGAAAAAGGAGCCCCCUCAUCUUGUUUUGAAAAGACUGGCAAGCAGGUGAGAUGUCUAGGUAGGGAGCCUGUUAGGGAAAACAACCGGAUUCUGCAAGCCCUUUCUUUUACUUUCCACAUUCAUGUUUUUUCCUCUGUAACUCAAAGCAUUUGCAAUAUUCUGAUUUACUGCAAAGAAUGAACCAUUUUGUGAAAAGGGGGUAAUGGCAGAAAAGGGGUAGGGGCAUAAAAGUUCAAACUUGCAGGAAUGUAAGUCAAUUUUUUGUUCAGUGCAUAAAGCCCACCAGAACAUUUCCAGGGUACGGGAGAAGCUGCAGUUUUGUUAUACAGUGGUACCUCAGGUUACAUACGCUUCAGGUUACAUACGCUUCAGGUUACACACUCCGCUAACCCAUAAAUAGUGCUUCAGGUUAAGAACUUUGCUUCAGGAUAAGAACAGAAAUCGUGCCCCGGCGGUGCGGCGGCAAGAGGAGGCCCCAUUAGCUAAAGUGGUGCUUCAGGUUAAGAACAGUUUCAGGUUAAGAACGGACCUCCGGAACGAAUUAAGUACUUAACCCGAGGUACCACUGUAAUGGUAAAACCUUGUUCUUGUGUUGGCAGUAACAAGGCAUAGCCUAGCCUGCUAUCCUUCUCUGAUUAUAGGAUGCACAUCCUGUUCAUCUAUAUUGUAUUUGAGCCCUUAAUUUGCCUUUUGUCUCCGAUUUAUUUCUCAAGGCGAAGGGAGGGGAGUGGUGAGCCUUGACUGACGCCUAAUAAAGCAGAAGAAUUGCUAUACUAUACAUUUUCACAUAUACUUCUUUUUUUUUUUAAUUGAGUAAAUGAAAAAGUGCUUUUACAAUUUUAAUAAAAGCCUAUGAGGCCACUGAGGGCUGAGUAUAGUCUUGGGGCUAGCUGUCUCGGGCUUCUGCUAAAAUGCAAAGACACAGAACAAUUCCCAGUAAAUGUGAAAGUGCUUUGCAGAAAUUUUUGGAUGAAAUGAAGGUGGAAAGAUGUCGCUGUAACAAAAGACAGCCUAUCGCAUACGCUGCAACAAAAAUAAAACACUGCUUUAUUUCCAACCUUGUCUAAAAUUUGUAUUAAAGCGUUAAAGCCUU